UCGGCUUAACCCCGACUUACCAAGCAAGGCACAUACAAUCCCCUUCCUCAUUGCGCUUACUUUUGACGCUACGCGGUUUAACUCCGACUUUACCAAGGGACUCUAUACAAACCCCCUUCCCCAUUUUUCUUCACUGCUCUCUCUCUCUCUCAGAUCGACGUUUCGGAACGAGAACCUCUUAAUCGUAUUGGGCAAGAGCUAGAAGAAAGGAUGUUUAGUUCGACUAACCUGCCUGCUUUUGGAGCAUCUACUCCUGCAUUUGGUAGUUCAUCAUCAUCAAUUGGUGGAUCUUCUGUCUUUGGUCAGAAGCCUUCUUUUGGGGGCCUUGGGUCCUCUCCUACUCAAACAAGUCCCUUUGGAAGCACAAAUCAACAAUCAGCACCGGCAUUUGGGAGUAGCAUAUUUGGCUCCUCCACACCAUUAGGUGCAAUAAGUCAGUCUGCAUUUGGUGCAAGUAGCACCCCAGCUUUUGGUGCUACAAGCACCCCUGCAUUUGGUUCUACGAACAGCCCUGCAUUUGGUGCUACCAGCACGCCCGCAUUCAGUUGUACGAGCACCCCUGCCUUUGGUUCAACAGCAAGUCCUGCAUUUGGGAAUACAGGGACGUCAUUUGGUGCAUCAAAUGCUCCUUUAUUUGGAUCUGGCGGAGCAUUUGGAGCUUCAAGCAGCCCUAUAUUUGGUACUUCAACCGCUCCAGCAUUUGGUACUUCAAACGCUCCAGCAUUUGGUUCUUCAAGUCCCUUUGGAAGCACAAAUCAACAAUCACCGCCGGCAUUUGGGAGUAACAUAUUUGGCGCCUCCACACCAUUAGCUGCAACAAGUCAGUCUGCAUUUGGUGCAAGUAGCACCCAAGCUUUUGGUGCUACAAGCACCCCCGCAUUUGGUUCUACGAACAGCCCUGCAUUUGGUGCUACCAGCAUACCCGCAUUUGGUGCUACCAGCACGCCUGCAUUUGGUGCUACCAGCACACCCGCAUUCAGUUGUACGAGCACCCCUGCCUUUGGUUCAACAGCAAGUCCUGCAUUUGGGAAUACAGGGACGUCAUUUGGUGCAUCAAAUGCUCCUGUAUUUGGAUCUGGCGGAGCAUUUGGAGCUUCAAGCAGCCCUAUAUUUGGUACUUCAACCGCUCCAGCAUUUGGUACUUCAAACUCUCCAGCAUUUGGUACUUCAAACUCUCCAGCAUUUGGUACAUCAAGCACUCCUGCAUUUGGUUCUUCAAGCACUUCUGCAUUCGGUUCCGCAAGUACUCCUGCUUUUGGGGCUUCUAGUACGCCGUCCUUCUGCUUUGGGUCCUCUCCAGCUUUUGGCCAAUCAGCUUCUGCAUUUGGUAGCAGCCCAUUUGGUGCCACUGCUCCUUUUGCAGCCCAGAGUUCUCAAUUUGGUGCCCAGUCUACAGCACCAGCAUUUGGCAGCACUGGCUUUGGGCAGUCACCUUUUGGGAGUCAACGUGGGGGAAGCAGAGUAGCUGCGUUCACACCAACAACUGAAGCAGAUGGUGGGAAGUUGGAGUCAAUAUCUGCCAUGCCUGUCUACAAAGAUAAAAGCCAUGAGGAGCUGAGAUGGGAGGACUAUCAAAUAGGAGAUAAUGGUGGACCACUCCCUGCUGGUCAGCCUGCUGGUGGGAUUGGCUUUAGUUCGUCUCCUGCAAAUUCAAAUCCUCUCACUCCUUCCCCAACAUUUACUCAAUCGGCUGCGAGUCCUUUCUCUACCUCAGUGCCUUCUAACCCAUUUGCUCCAAAAACUCCCAGCAUUGGUGGUUUAAAUUUUGGAUCCUCAAGUACUCCUGCAUUCAAUUCUUCACCUUUCGGAUCUACCGUCUUUUGUCAGAAGCCUUCUUUUGGGGGCUUUGGGUCCUCUCCUACUCAAACAAUUCCCUUUGGAAGCACAAAUCAACAAUCACAGCCGGCAUUUGGGAGUAGCAUAUUUGGCGCCUCCACACCAUUUGGUGCAACAAGUCAGUCUGCAUUUGGUGCAAGUAGCACCCCAGCUUUUGGUGCUACAACCACCCCCGCAUUUGGUUCUACGAACAGCCCGCAUUUGGUGCUACCAGCAUGCCCGCAUUUGGUGCUACCAGCACACUCGCAUUUGCUGGUACGAGCACCCCUGCCUUUGGUUCAACAGCAAGUCCUGCAUUUGGGAAUACAGGGACGUCAUUUGGUGUGUCAAAUGCUCCUGUAUUUGGAUCUGGCGGAGCAUUUGGAGCUUCAAGCAGCCCUACAUCUGGCACUUCAACCGCUCCAGCAUUUGGUACUUCAACUGCUCCAGCAUUUGGUACAUCAAGCACUCCUGCAUUUUGGUUCUUCAAGCACUUAUGCAUUCGGUGCCGCAAGUUCUCCUGCUUUUGGGGCUUCUAGUACGCCGUCCUUCAGCUUUGGGUCCUCUCCAGCUUUUGGCCAAUCAGCUUCUGCAUUUGGUAGCAGCCCAUUUGGUACCAGUGCUCCUUUUGCAGCCCAGAGUUCUCAAUUUGGUGCCCAGUCUACACCACCAACAUUUGGCAGCACUGGCUUUGGGCAGUCACCUUUUGGGAGUCAACGUGGGGGAAGCAGAGUAGCUGCCUUCACACCAACAACUGAAGCAGAUGGUGGGAAGUUAAAGUCAAUAUCUGCCAUGCCUGUCUACAAAGAUAAAAGCCAUGAGGAGCUGAGAUGGGAGGACUAUCAAAUAGGUGAUAAAGGUGGCCCACUUCGUGCAGGUCAGCCUGCUGGUGGGAUUGGCUUUAGUUGGUCUCCCGCAAAUUCAAAUUCUCUUGCUCAUUCCCCAACAUUUGCUCAAUCGGCUACGAGUCCUUUCUCUACCUCAGUGGCUUCUAACCCAUUUACUCCAAAAACUCCCAGCAUUGGUGGUUUAAAUUUUGGAUCCUCAAGUACUGCAUUCAAUUCUUCACCUUUCGGUGCAUCAACUUUAUCUGGCCUUUUUGGAUCAAUAUCUUUAUCAACAUCAUCUACAUUUGGUGUUGGUUCAUCUCCAUCUAUUUUUGGUUCAUCUCCUCUCUUCAGUUCUUCUCAGGCAACAAAUGCUGGAUUUGGUAGUAACACUCAGUCAUCCCCAUAAUUCCAAUCUAAUGCACCUUCAAUUGGGCGGACAGGCUCUGCUUUUGGACAGACUACUACUUCGUAAGGGCAGAAUCCAAGUUCACCCUUUGGUCUAGGAAUACUCGGUGCUUCUUCUACCCCUGGAUUUGGUGUAAACACUUUUUCGAGCACUUCAACACUUAUUAGUUCAAGCAACACAUUAGGUUUCGGUCAAUCAAAUGCAUGUGUCCGGAUUGGAGACUUCAAUUUGUUAUCCAAUCUAGAGUUCUAGUAACUAGAACAUGGGGGAAAUAUCGGAGUCAUGAGUCCUAUGCAGCCAAGGUAAAAACUUGAUCUCGAUGCUAAAGGCCAGUCCAGGACGCAGUAAGCCGGAGUCACUUCUCGGUAAUGGUACAGACCUCGCUAAGAGCAAUAGAUCGUUGUGGGGAUUGACAUAACCUUUGUAUUGUAUAGCAUGUCUUCCUUUUGGAAUUUAUGGCAUUGUAAAGAACUACUAAUAUAAACGGUUAAAAUCUAUAUUUAAUAAAGGUGUGCUUUAUGUAAA